CUUCUCAUGUUUUCCACGACGUAGAACCUGCAAGAACAGCCGCACCAUCGGCCUGGCACCCUGACAAUUGGCGCCUUCAAGAGGUGCAACGGUGAUCCUCGGUGCUCAAACACCAACUGUUAACAUACCCAGUCACCCAGCUAGCUAGUUACCUUGGCCAUGUCUUCUCCCAACUUUGCCGGUUUCUCUCCAUGGAGGAGAAGAGCCGCUUCCUUGAGCUCCCAGAGAUCCCAGAGGAACAGUGCAGAGAUUAACCCGGAAAACCCGCUCCUCAGUCCCGGCCGGAACUCACAGAAUGCUCCCGAUUCGAGAACUCUACUAUCCUCUUCCGUGAGCUCAAGUCACCGAGAGCCGAUCCGUUCCUUCAUCCACGGCAACGUGAGGGACCACCUAGCCCCCGUCGACAGCGCCCAGUUCGCCCGCAGCGUGCGCGAAGAUACGGCCGAACUCGCCUCGUACCUACUGUCCGACAAGAAGACGGGUCACAGUCCGGCUUUUCUCUCACGGCAACGGUCCCAGUCGUCAGCUCUCGCACGGGAAACCGCUAUUUCGGACAACGAGGAGGACGACGAUGACGAAGUUACGCAUGCGACGAGCUCCGAGACAAUACAAGAGGUAUCGGAGCCUCCUUCGCCAGAUGGAGACGAGGACGAACUACCAGAGGACGGCCCCUCAAUCUUGACAAACCUACUCAAGAAGUCACCUCCUCAGUCGCACCGAGACCCGUCACCUGAGCCCCAUUCCGGGCCAUUGGAACCAUCGAGCCCCGGACCGAAGCGAGCGCCCUCUGCGGAGAGACAGGAGCGAGAGGCGCAGCAGCCGGCGAGGAUCGUUGUGAGGCAGCCUACCGAGCGCACUCCCCUGAUCCCCAGGUUAUCGUCUGAUAGUCUCGAGAGCUACAACACGAGCGGAGCCAGCACCGAAGUCGAUGUGGAAGGACAGAAACAGCGACCUAAGAAGCGGUGGCUGGGAGGUCUGAAGGACCUCACCGUGAACGUCGAGGAGCGCAUCGUUCAUGGGUACCAGAUUGCGACGAGUCCCAAAGCAUGGGACCGCCAAGCGUUAUGGCAGAAUGCUGUGGUGGCCCCAGUAUCUUGCUUGCCGGCCGUCAUUGUCGGAUUGCUGCUCAAUGUGCUUGAUGCCCUAUCUUACGGCAUGAUUUUAUUCCCCCUCGGCAAGCCCAUCUUUGCUGGUCUGGGCUCAGCGGGCAUCUCCAUUUUCUAUGUUAGCACCAUUGUUUCUCAGUUGACCUUCUCAACUGGUAGUAUUUUCAAGGGAGGUGUCGGCUCCGAAUUGAUCGAGGUCGUACCCUUUUUCCAUAACAUGGCCCAAACAAUUACGGACCAUAUUGGCGAAGAUCAACCCGACGCUGUAAUCGCAACGACGAUUGUCACCUAUGCUAUCAGUUCCAUGAUGACAGGCGCAGUGUUCUAUCUCAUGGGCAAGUUCAACUUCGGCUACAUGGUUGGUUUCAUCCCGAGGCACAUCCUAAUCGGCUGCAUUGGAGGUGUCGGCUGGUUCCUGGUUGCCACGGGAUUCGAAGUUUCUGCACGAAUGGAUGGCAGUCUGGAAUACGACAUGGACACCCUCCACAAGCUCUUCCAGUCCGACACAGUACUUCUCUGGCUCAUACCCCUCUUGCUGGCCAUUGUCCUUUUCUACAGUCAGACAAGAGGUGCCUCUAAGUACUUCUUGCCGCUGUACAUCAUCACCAUUCCGAUUGUCUUCUAUUUCUUUGUGUUCUCUCUGGAUGCGCUGGAGCCUGAUUCUCUCCGAGAUCAUGGCUGGAUUUUUGAAGGGCCACCUGCCGACGAGCCCUGGUGGUACUUCUAUACGUUAUACAAAUUCAACCUGGUCGAGUGGGAUGCCGUGUUGGAGUGCAUUCCCGCCAUGUUGGCACUCACCUUUUUCGGCAUCCUCCACGUUCCCAUCAAUGUUCCGGCCCUGGCCCUACAAACUGGUGAGGACAAUGCUGACCUCGACCGUGAGCUGAAGUUGCACGGCUACUCCAACUUCAUCUCCGGCCUAUGCGGUAGUAUUCAAAACUAUCUUGUCUACGCCAAUACCGUGUUUUUCAUGCGUUCUGGCGGAGACAGUCGGCUUGCUGGCGUCAUGCUAGCAGCCUUGACCUUUGGUGUCAUGGUGAUUGGCCCGAAGAUCAUUGGCUUUAUCCCUAUUAUGAUGGUCGGUACUCUUAUCUUCGACCUUGGCUUUGAGCUUCUUCUUGAAGCCGUGUGGCUUCCGAGGAAGAAGCUGAAACUGGCCGAAUAUUUGACGGUGAUUGUAAUCGUCCUGGUAAUGGGCAUUUACGAUUUCGUCAUUGGCAUUGGUGUGGGCAUUAUCCUCGCCUUUGCGUCACUAAUCAUCCAGACCUCGAGAGUAUCUGCCGUACGAGCAAGCUAUACAGGCGAAAUCGUCGGCUCAACCGUACGCAGAAAUCCUUCGCAGCACCACUACUUGCAGGAAGUUCGUCGGCAAAUCUACAUCGUAAAGCUCACUGGCUUCCUCUUUUUCGGCACCGUCGUCAGCGUAGAAGAGAAGAUCCGGGCCCUCAUCGACGACAGUGCCUUUGCAGAGAGACCCAUCAAAUAUCUCGUUCUCGACCUGUACCACGUCACAGGUCUCGAUUACUCCGCUGGUGAAGCUUUCAAUACUAUCAGCAGGUUACUCGACAACAAGGGCAUCGUCAUGGUGUUGAGUGGAAAGGACGCGGAAAGUGAGGUUGGCCGCAACUUGCGGGCCAUGGGACUGGGUAACGAGGACAAUGAAAGCAUCGAAGUGACAUUGCUUCCCGAUCUCAACUCGGCUCUGGAGAGCUGUGAGAACGAGUUGCUCAAGACUCUUUACACAAGCCAGGAAGCGCUCCACAAUGGCUCUCGUCACGCACCAACAGCGAGUCUUGACGUCCCUUCGAAGCCAGAUCGGGGAUCGUUCGAUUUGGUCAUCAACUCACCAAGACGCAACCAUCUGCAUGAAGCUGCCAGAAACGCGCUGGCGAACACAGAGUCCUCGGGCACGAAGAGGUGGCAGAGCUUUAAGGAGCCUCUGCGGUUGAUGCUGCAGAUCUUCCAGGGCUUGAGCGAGAGGAACGAAGACUUCUGGUUCCGGGCAGUUGGAUACUUCUCACGGAUGGAAUAUCAGGCCGGCACAGUUCUGUUCACGAGGGGCGAGCCCGCCAAGGGUUUCUACCUGGUGGAGAAGGGCAUCCUCCGCGCCGAUUACGACAUGCCGCAAGGCAAGCUUACAGAGAGCAUCGUGGCGGGCACGACGUGCGGCGAGCUGCCCUUCUUCUCGGAGACGGACCGGACGGCCACGGUGACGGUUGAUAGGGACUGCGUCGCCUGGCGGAUGGACAAAGAGGGAUGGCAACGGCUGCAGAAGGACCAGCCUGAUGUUGCACAGGAAUUGUUGAGGGUUUCGUUGAAGUUGACGAGUGAGCGGAUGUCCUCCAUCACUUCGUACAUCUUAACCACUGCCGGCUAGGCACCUUACGGACGAAGUAUCUCUCACGCGAUCACCAAGCGCGAUUUAUCGAGAUACUCUACCUAUUUCUUUUUCUACGUCGUUGGAGUUGUCAGGAUACUAAAAAAGUAGAGAAGGUUGUGUAAAAGGG